GUGGGCAGGCCCAUGACUUCCCUGGGCUCCCAGCUCUGCAGGGCAGCAUUCCUGGUAGCCAUCUUGCUGCUGCUGUGGUUGAAGGCGGCGAAGCCUCAGAAGGGCAGCCCAGACCCCGAUGGCAGGAGCCAGAAAGAGAACAUGCCCUCUGCAGAACAAGACCAAGAACAGUUCGAAGAGCAUUUUGUGGCUUCCUCUGUGGGUGAGCUGUGGCAGAUGAUAGAUAUGGCCCAGCAAGAGGAAGACACAAUCUCAAAAACAGCAGCUGUUCGAGACCACCUCUUCAAUCUAGCCUUCUGCUUUAAUCUGGCCAGCAUCAUGGUUUUUUUAUAAGAGAAAUUGAGGCUGAGGUGGUGGCUUGGCUCCUAAAUGAGGACCUCGAUGUCUAUCUCCGCUUCAUGAUGGCUUACUGACUCUCCUUUCCUGGAUGGGCUCCAGGCCAUGACCCCCUCCCCUGAAGG